AUGUCAUUGUUUAAGUUUAAGGACUGGUGGAGUGUCCAGUGCUCACAAGAUGAACACUUUGGCCACAAUUCGCUAUGUGUGGCCAAUGUUGACAACUCUAUUAGCGGCUCAGAUAAAAUAAUAAUCGGAAGUUUAAGUGGUAUAUUAAGAAUAUAUUCUGUGGGCAGCAAUACCACUGAUGAUGGUUUGCCACCGUUUCAGGCCAGUGAUCUGCUAAUGGAAAUGGACUUCAAGUCACCUAUACUUCAAGUUAGCACCGGAUUGCUAUUAUCGGCCACCACUAACAUUCAAUUAGCUGUUUUACAUCCGACAAAAGUUUCCAUAUAUUCAAUAUCAUCAACGGCUGGUGUCACAGAACACGGUUCGGCGUAUAAUAUAUUAUUGAUUUACGAGCACUCAUUGAAAAGGAGUUCAUUCAGUAUGACUUUAGGAUCGUUUGGACGGAUAAAAGGAAAAGACUUCAUAAGUGUUCAAUCACUCGAUGGAAAUCUUUGUUUCUACGAACAGGAAAGUCUGGCGUUUAACCGAUUUCUUCCAAAUGCAUUACUUCCCGGAGCUUUUGCAUACCUACCACACAGCGAUUCGUUUAUUGUGGCCACUUCUUUGUGGACAAUUGAGAGCUAUCGCUAUCAAGUGUUGGCCAUUGCCAACAGUGACGAAAACAAUAAAAACAUCAACAAUAGCGGUGACAACAACACCAAUACAGGUCCUGUCAAAGGACGCAAAGUGACCGCCGACUGGACACUAUCGUUGGGCGAAGCCGUCAUCGAUAUGCAAGUGGUAACACUGGAAAAAUCUAACAAUUUUAUAAUGGUUUUGGGAGAGAGAUGUUUGUAUGCCAUCCGAGAGAACGGCAGCAUUUGGUUUAUGAAGAGACUGGAGUUCAACGCCAGUUGUCUGACCGCUUACGCCAAUGAAUUCAACGAUGCAGUCAUGACAUUGAUCGGCACCCAUGUGUCUACACUUAUUAUCUAUUGCAACGACCGGACCGUUUGGGCCACACAAUUGCCAUUCAUACCGAUAGCCAUUAGGCGAGCCUUCUUUCCCAAUCUUACCGGUGCUCUCGUCUGCCUAUCGGACGAAGGAAACGUUUGUUGCGGAUAUUUGGGAACCAGUCCGUCCGUCAAGAUUGUAUCGGUGCCCAACUCUCAUCCGAGUGAAUAUAAUUAUACCGAAUCGGAGGCCGAACUACAAGAGUUGCGCCGAAUAAUCAAUUCGCAUACUUUGGAAGCGAACAGCAAAGUGAACACCAAAGCGGCCAAAAGUGAUCUCAACAUUGAGAUAACUGAUGUCCAGACAAUAGUGUYAAACAUUAUUAAUACCAAAGUAUCUAAUCCUAUGUUCAAAGUGUCCAUUAAGUUAACGACAAAUUCAAUAGCAAAUAACGUACGGUUGGCUUUGGAAAAACAUAGUUCGCUGGUCGCCGAACCAGAUAUAGUGAUCGUACCGAUAAUUAACAAUAAGACAACAAUGUCGUCGGCGGUAAAUGAAAUUAUUAUCUAUAAAAACAAUAAUCAGUGUCCAGUGUCUACAAGAAUCAAUAUAGUGGUCAGUUAUGUUAACGAAGACGGUGCGCCAAGAAUUGCUUCCAAAUUGUUUCACAUACCGAUACUGAUAUUUGCGAAGCCGUGUCAGCCAUUAAAAGAAACCGAACAUAAAUUGUCGAUCGAAAUCGUCAACAAUGGUCAGCCGAUUCAUUUGGACGACAUAUUUGCCGAUCUGUUUAACACCACUAUUGCCAAUACUGGUGCCAUUGGUCUGGAGAUAUACGACGAUCACAGUGUCGUUUCGCUAUUUACGACAAUCAAAUCCGUUAACCAACAGUUUGUCGUCCGAAGCGAAACGUUCGGUGCGCUGGCAUUUGUGGCCAACGAACUGUUGCGGCGAUUGGCCAAAAAUCAUGUCAAAUACGACGUGUCUGCUAUGGAUAUCGGUUUUAUUCCGUUGAAUAAAGUGUUUGCCGUAAUCGAUGACCAUAUACUGGCCCGAUAUCAAGUCGAUCAGCUACAGACUGGUUUGGCCGCCAGUACCGCACAAUAUCGUGCAAUUCAAAAGCGAUUACUAAUUAAAUUGAAAGACAGAAACCCGACGCCACUAAACAAUUUGGAAACUUUACUGAAAGUAACACAAACUCAGAUAAAUGGUUUUGCGGACAAAUUGCUUAAAGCUAUCACCGAUUUAAACAACAAGAGUUCGCAUUUAAAAAUUCAUUCAAUUCUUAGCACUUAUUUAUCCAACGAUUUGGAUGAGGGUUGGGAAGAAAGGACUGAAAUGUGUUUAACAGUGAUAUUAGAUAACAAUGGAAAGGACGGGUCGUUUAGCCAGAAUCUCAACGAAUCUCAGUUAUCUAUACCUGAGACCAGUAAUACAGUUAAACAACUCUUAAAUAAAUUAAUUAAUCGUAUCUUCAAAGAGGAAACUAUUAAUAAUAAUAAAGAAUCGAUGAGUAAUAGAGACAUCAGUCAAACAAAUCAUCAAAAAAGUUUUAUCACAACAAAUGAUACCAUUGGUGAAGAAGUGGAGGAAGAAGAAGAAGAUGGCGAUAAUGAUGGCAAUCAACUGUCUAUCGAUGACUAG